AUGAACAACUACCAUCAUCUCCAGCUUCUUGGUCAUGGAGGCUACGCCAGUGUUUACCUCGUCAAGUGUUCCAACUCGUGCGAUCUCUACGCUUUGAAACGUAUUUCGAAGUCUAAAGUUACUACGGAGCAACAGAAGAAGCGUCUAGAAGCUGAAAAGCAGAUUCUGCAGCAAGUGAAGAGUCCGUUUCUGUGUCAAGGGUUCACGUCGUUUGAGACGGUAGAUGAAAUAUUGAUACUGCUGGAAUAUGUCGAAGGACGCGCGUUGUACGAGUGUGUGUGGAACUACCGAGACACGGGCAAGUUCUCGGAAACUGUCACUAAGUACUUCGCAGCACAAUUAGUGCUGGCACUGAAAGAUCUGCAUGCUCAAGGGUAUCUGCACGGUGAUUUGAAAAGUGGCAACGUGUUGGUCGAAAAAGACGGAUUUGUCAAGGUGAUUGACUUUGGACUUGCGAGGGGAGUGUCUGACGUUAUAGCAGAAGGUGGUGGGCGGACACUUUCGAUGUGUGGCACGCAUUACAUCAUGGCACCUGAGAUCAGAAUCCGACAGCAAUAUGGCUUCGCUGUUGACUGGUGGAGCUUAGGAGUUGUGAUCUAUGAAAUGGUGAUCGGUCGUCCGCCGUGGGAGUAUAAGUGUCCAUGCGGUAGUACCAUGGAUGAGUAUUUCGAGCACGUAACGCACACCGCAAAAUGCUUAUUCCACGGUGCUGAUGAAAGAUCUCAAAAGAUAGAGCAGGGACUGAGUAUUGAGUUGCGGUUGCUGAUAAGAGGUCUACUGACAAUCGAUCCAAACAAGCGCCUUGGUACAAAUGGAGCAACCGAGGUUAUGGAUCAUGCAUGGUUUCUUGAUAUCAGCUGGGAUCUACUGGAGAAGAAAGACAAAUCCAUUGCUGUACCGUAUGAUGCUCAAGUCGACUUCAACGCCGCUCGAAUCCGCGUACCUGAUCAAAUUGGAAGCCUAUCCAGUGCAGAGAGCAUCGAUCCGGAAGAUAACGCAAAGUACUUUGCCGAUUUCUGA